AUGACAAUAAUAGAAGCGACAGCAAUAGAAUAUGCGAAUCACCCGCUCCAAACGUGUGUACUGGACCUGAUAGACCAACGGGCGGAUCAAGAUCCCAAUGGCAUUGCAGCCGACUUCCAGGGCAAUUCCCUGACGUACAGUGAACUACGCGAUGCAUCAAUCACAGUAGCCUUGGCCCUCAAGGGGCGAGGAUUCAAGUCGCGCGACUAUAUUCCCCUGCUUACAAGUAUGGGCCCGGAAAUGCUUGUCGCGGUUUUGGGGAUACUCCGCCUGGGUGCCUGCUACUGUCCAAUGGACUUUAAUGCCUGGAGCUCGUCACGAGUUCUGGCGACCUUGGAAGCAGUGCAGUCAAAGAUGGUUUUCAGCACUGUUGGCACGACUAUCCCAGGUUAUGACCUGGUUUACAUGACCGAUAUUUUGCGUCCAGAUGUGUUGACAACCACGGUCAGUGAGAGAAAGGUGCUUGAGGAAAUUCGAAAGGAAAUGAAACAAUCCGACCUGAUAUAUAUCAUCUUCACUUCGGGAACCACCGGGAAGCCUAAAGGCGUCAUGGUCUCCCAUGGAAGUGCUGCCCAUCUUGUGCAGCAGAAUUUCCCGGGUGCUAUGACGGUGUACCCUGGGACCAGAGUUCUACUAUUCUUUUCUGUUGCCUUUGACGGCUGCGCGGGAGUUGUCUUUUCCACCCUUUGCCACGGAGGUACUUUGGCCAUGGCGUUACCUGCAGAUGUACUGGAUGUGGCCCCAACUUGCUCAACGCUGGUUGUAACACCUUCUAUCCUCUCCACAUUUGAGCUAUCGUCCCGGUUUGAUGGCGUCCGGGAGAUUUACAUGGGAGGAGAGGCACCCACAGCCGCCCUGAUCGACGCAUGGGUAACACCAACACGAAAGGUUUACAACUCAUACGGGCCCACGGAGUGUACCACGGCUGUUUCGGUUGCUGAAAUGACCCCCGGUGGGCCGAUUAUCCUGGGCAACAUCGUGUCGGGGGUAGAACUCGUCCUACUCGACGACGCCUUGGAGAACGAGGUCGACGAAGGGGAGAUUUGUAUCCGAGGGCCGUGUCUCGCCAUCGGUUAUCUCAACAAUGAGAAGCUUACGCAAGAGAAGUUCUUUAUGCGUAGUGGAACUCGGCAUUAUCGCACCGGUGACUUGGCGCGACGAGACAAGGACGGACUGCAUUUUCUAGCCCGGGUUGACCGGUUGGUAAAGAACCGCGGGUUUCUCGUCAAUCUAGAAACUGAGGUGGAGCCAGCGUUGAGAAGCUUUUCUGGUGUGAAUCAAGCAGCUGCCUUCAUGCACCAAGGUGCCCUUGUGGGCUUCAUUACCCCUGCUGACGUGGCUACCGAUAAACUGCAGAGCCAUUUAAGAGAACGAUACGACAAUUUCUUAGUACCUGACCUACUUUUCGCGGUGCAAGAUUUCCCUUUGACCUCGAAUGGUAAAGUCGAUACAAAGUCCCUAAAGAAAAUUGUGUUGCUUAGCGAUGCCAGAACAAUCACGGAUAUAAACAAUCCAAAUGCCUCGAACUGUGCCACUCUACCAGUUGUAGCAGAGGCCUUCGCUGCGGUGUUCGAUAGACCGGUUAGUCGCAUCAUGCCUACAACGUCAUUUGUAAGGCUAGGUGGGCACUCUCUUCGGGCUAUAAAGCUGGCUGCAUUCCUACGACAACGCAAGCUCAAAGUCUCUGUCGCCGACAUCUUCCUACUGGACACAGUUUCGGCCAUUGAUCAAGCUCUGGUGUCCGUGGAAGACUACCCAGGGCUCAAACCGACGGAUGACACAGAAAUCCCGCUUACAGACCACCAAGCUGAAAUUCUCCGCGAAACUUCCGAAAGUCCAAGCAGUAAUUAUCUGUUCCAUUCCCUGACUCGCGACAUUACAUCGGAUAGCCUUCGCAGUGAGACCCUGCGGAAGGCUUGGGAGCUUCUCUUUACGCGUCAUUCCAUAUUUCGCACUACCUUUGACUUAAACCUCGGCACUCAAAAAGUUCAUAAUAGUUUCACACUUAACUGGACAGACAUUAAAGUGUCAAGUCAGGAAGAAUUAAAGACUGUGGCGGAGAGUGAGCAACAGAGGAUGUUGUCCAGAAUACGCUCACAUAAAGGGUCUCCUAUUCAUGAACCACGUUUCUGGGCUAUCGAACUGCCUGGACAGAGAAUCCAAUUAAGUUGGACAAUGCACCAUGUAUACCUCGAUGCAUUUUCCUUUGGCACUAUAUUAGCUGAACUGGAGGUGAUUCUUCGAGGGGAGGAGGACAAGCUCCCUCCGGUAGUAAGCCUCGCUGGCUUGGCCCAGUUCCUCCGGCAGAAGAAAGCAGGUAACUUUCCAGAAAUUCAGCAGUUUUGGAGACACUACGCCCGUCCAUGGACAAAGCUUAAACCUCUCAAUUUGCCCUUAGAAAGGGCUCAGUCUGUGUCAUGGUCAACGUGGGAGUCAGACUUCGUUGUGAGGAAAAUGGCACUGGAUGAAUUUUCACGAAGCUGCAGGGUUUCCUCGGCAAUGAUCAUCUACAUGGCAUGGGGGCUGGCUCUGUCCAAGUAUAGUACAUCUAAUACAGUAGCCAUGAAGGCGAGUGUCUCCGGCCGGACUCUAGAUUAUCCUUCCAUCGACAGUAUUGUGGGAGGAGUCAACGGCCGGUGCCCACUUAUCUUGCAGCUCAAUCAGGAUGAGCUUAUUCCAGACACUUUGAGGAGCGUUCAACAGAACUUCCACAAGGUGAAUAAUUUCCAGUGGACAUACCCCGAGCUCCGCCGAGCCAUUGGAGUGGAACAGUACAACUCGUACUGGCUUGAGUCUCAGGUAAUUAUUUUGUUAGACAUGCCUGUUGAACCUGGACCAUGGAAGGUUGUCGAAGUGCAGAAGCCUAUGGCACCACUUGUCCUCGGAGUGGUUCAAAAAGGUGAUGGAGUCAGUAUACGGAUCCAGUCUGACGGGAAAUAUUCAUUCCAGGGAGUGGAGCAGCUGGGAACAGCCUUUGUUGCCGCACUCAAAGCUUUGGUGGGGUCUACUCCAAACGCCCGAGUACAGGAUAUAGUCAACGUGCUGGGUUGA